AUGCCACCGCCGUAUCUCCGCCGUGCAUCCUCCGUGCGCAAUAGUCUCUGGCGAAAUUCGACGAGUAGAAUGUCGGCAAGCACAUCCUCCUGCCGAUCUCCUCACCGUCGGCCGCCGGAUUGCAUACGAGGGCCUCCGGGCCAUCGGGGCGGCGGCUUCUCUAGGCCGUGCGUCCGGCGUUCAAAGGGUUGUUGGAUGGGCGGCUUCCUCUUCCCGAGUGAGUCGGGGGGUCAGCCCAUUUUGGAUCUCGCCUCUUUAUCGGUCGCCACGAUGGGUUCUGACCGGCGGCUUCUCGGAGUAUGA